CUGAGCCCAGCUUUUCGCUUGCUCGAGAUACAGACCUGAUCGCACGUCUCCUAGCAACACAUUCAACUGGACACAUCAUGAAGGUUGUCAUCCUUUUUGGUCUUCUGGUUACCGUGCUUGGGUUGGCCGAAGAAAAUUUGUUUGUUACUUUCCAAAGUUUGGACAAAGAUCAAGACGGCAUACUGAAGCUGAAUGACAUAUUUCAAUAUUUCGACAACUACGACGUGAAUGGCGAUGGCUUUUUGAGUUAUCAGGAGUUUAUAGAUGGUCUCUACCCCGAGGUACCCAAGGUCGCCUUUCAUUUCUACGACAAGCUCGAUGGAAUCAAAGAUGUCAAAAUUGGUCGAGGAGUUGCUCAUGCCAUACUGGCUCGUCUGGACAAUGACCUUGACAGCGAAGUCUCGUACACGGAAUUCACGCAAACCUUUCCAUUGUUUAAAGAUGCAGUGACACGUGCAUUGGAGGUCUUAACCGACUGAAGACAGGCUCCCAAAGGAAGAAACAAAUAAAAGUUUCUGUUUGAUAUUUCGAAACAUUCAUGAAUCAUGUAACUGAUAAAAAGGAAAAUAAAGGGAUGUUUAAUAAACCAA